AGUCAGUCGGCCGCGCAGCUCAGUGCGCGACGUUCGUACGCGGAGGGCUCCGCUUGCGUCCCCCAAUCCGGGCCGGGGCUCCGCCGCGAGUGUGAGCGAGACAACACGCAGUUAAAGCGAGCGAGAGCUGUGCGAAAGAGACUGCGCUAUGGCAGUGUCGCAACCUCGCCCACCUGACCGUGUUGAUGCCGCGCUCGAAAAAGUUACGCCGUUGCGCUAUUUGGAGGCGCACGAAUGUGAUCGCCUCGAGCUUGCUGUGACGCGUUAUUAUCAUAAUUUCUUGUCUUUUUACUGUUUUCUGAUAUAUAAAUCGCGUUUUCGGCUGCAUCUCGAAGAUUUACACCAGAUUCAAAAUAGGAUUCAGCGGUGACCAGGUGAUGGGCGAACGUUGAGCCGCCGUCAUGAUGAAACGCACCGGGGUCCCUCGCCUCGGGCCUGAUGAGCCCACGGCUAUGCCGACUCAGAGUCCGGCCCAGAUUCAACAAGCUGGCGCUAGCAACAUGCAUACUUUAGCUCAAUCGGCCCAACCCAUUCUUGGAGCGACAACAAUGCUGUCUGUGGGCGGCGUGGGAGGUGUGGCGGUGGGCGGGUUCACGCGCGCGGCGCCCCGCUCCGUGCCUCCGGUGAUGUCCUACAUGAAACCCAAUGUGCAGUACGCCGCGCCUAAACAACAGGUCCAGCCUAGGCUCAAGUCGCCUCCGCUGUUCGAGCCGGCGCUGGCGCCCGCGGCCCCGGGCCGCGUGUCCCCCAGCCUGGGCCCGCCCGCGGCCCAGUUCCAGCGGCUGAAGGUGGAGGACGCUCUGUCCUACCUCGACCAGGUCAAGUUCAAGUUCAACACUCAGCCGCAGGUGUACAACGACUUCCUGGACAUCAUGAAGGAAUUUAAGAGUCAGACCAUCGACACUCCAGGGGUUAUCACCCGGGUGUCCAAUCUGUUCAAGGGGCACCCCGAGCUGAUUGUGGGCUUCAACACCUUUCUGCCACCCGGGUAUAAGAUUGAGGUCCAAAGCAAUGGACAGGUGUCGGUAUCAAUGCCAUCUCCAACGGGGCUGGGCGCUGGCGGAGUACUAUUGGGGGUACAUCACGCUCAGCCGCAGUUGGUGCAUUUGCUGCCCGUCGCUCAGUCUGUAAGCAGUGCUAUAGUGCACAACCUGUCCGUGAACGCAACACCAGCCAACACACUGCAUCACAUAUCGCAAGCCCACCAGCAGAUCGAAGCGGCUAUACACCAUACUCCUGGUGGUGGCGGAGGUAACGCGGCGCACGUGCCGGCGGCGCCGCCCGGCCAGCCGGUGGAGUUCAACCACGCGAUCGAGUACGUCAACAAGAUCAAGAGUCGCUUCUCGCGUCAGCCGGACAAGUACAAGCGCUUCCUGGAGAUACUGCACGCGUACCAGAGGGGACACAGGGAUGUGAAGGAGCCACAGGCUAAGCAGCAGACUGAGCAGGAGGUCUAUUCUCAGGUGGCCAAGCUGUUUGAGAAUCAAGACGACCUGCUGGCUGAAUUCGGACAGUUCCUGCCUGAUGCGAAGGCGGUGACCAAACCCGCGCCCGCGCCCGCCGUGUACCCCCACGACCGGACACCACCACUGAUACAGACACAGCGCGUGGAGCCGGAAGCUGAGCGGUUCUCAUCGUCUCCGCCGCACGCCGUGCCGCACCAGCAACCGCCCAUGCAGUUGCCGAAGCACCCUCCGGCCGCCAACAACGCGGCCACACCGCCGGCGGCUCACCACCAUCUCAAGCGGUCGCCCAGUUUCACUUCUUCCAGUCAAUUGCCUGCGGGCGCGCCCCCCGCUAAGAAGCCGCGCGCGGGCGCAGUCGCGGGCGCGGCGUACGCGGACGCGGCCAAGCUGGCCACGCUGCCGGAGUUCAACUUCUUCGAUCGCGUGAAGAAAGCUCUCAGGAGUCAACACGUCUAUGAGAAUUUCUUGAGAUGUCUGCUGCUGUUCACGAACGAGAUAAUCUCGUCGUCGGAGCUGCUGUGCGUCACGGGCCCGUUCCUCUGCCGCCACCCGGAGCUGCAGAAGUGGCUGCAGGACUUUGUCGGUCUGUCUUCACCUCCCAACACCCCGACCAACGCUCCGGCAAAUAUUGGCUACAACAACAGCACCACGUCGACAUACAACGAGAAGAGCUCCAUACUGAACUAUGGGCGGGGCACUCUCGACAACAAGCUGCGCUACUCGCCCGUGGGGGCGCUGGGGGCGCAGCUGAGGCACGAGCGGCCGCAGGGCGAUGUCGCUCAGGAUGUUGAUCUGUCGACGUGCAAGCGGCUGGGCACGUCGUACUGCGCGCUGCCGCGCGACGCGGCCGCGCGCCGCUGCUCCGGCCGCACGCCGCUCUGCAGGGAGGUGCUGAAUGACACCUGGGUGUCGUUCCCAACUUGGAGUGAGGAUUCAACAUUCGUGACGUCGCGCAAGACUCAGUAUGAAGAAUAUAUAUAUAGAUGUGAAGACGAACGGUUUGAGCUGGACGUGGUGAUAGAGACGAACGCGGCCACGAUCCGCGUGCUGGAGGGCGUGGGCAAGAAGCUGUCGCGGCUGCCGGCCGGCGAGGCCGCGCGCCUGCGCCUGGACGACUGUCUGGGCGGGCACUCGCCCACCAUACACCAGCGCGCGCUGCGCCGCAUCUACGGCGAGAAGGUGGCGGUGGACAUAAUCGCGGGGCUGAAGAAGAACCCCGCGGUGGCCGUGCCCGUGGUGCUGCGCAGGCUCAAGGCCAAGGAGGAGGAGUGGAGGGAGGCGCAGAAGGGCUUCAACAAGCAAUGGCGCGAGCUGAACGAGAAGUACUACCUGAAGUCACUCGACCACCAGGGCAUCAACUUCAAGCAGAACGACCUGAAAGCGAUGCGCUCCAAGACCUUGUACAACGAGGUGGAGGCGGCAUACGCAGCACGGAGGCCGGGCCCUCACUUGGUAGUGGACUACAACAUGCAGAGUAGGCAGGAAGCGAUCAAAAUAAUGCGAGACGCGGCCGAGCUGUUGAUCCACCACGCGCGGCGUCAGACCGCCAUCCAGAAGGCCGAGAAGCGGAGAAUCAAGAUGCUGCUGCGGAGAUUCCUGCCCGACCUCUUCUCGCAGCCUCGGAUACCGCUGUCCGACGACGAAGACGAGAGAUCGGACCACAGCAACGCGUCAUCGCCGAUCUCCGAUUCGGAACAACAGCCGAGCACGGGCGGCAGCAACGGCUCCAACGGAUCUUCCGAAACCCGCUUCGUGUGCUCCUGCGCGUGGUACCUCUUCCUGAGGCUGCACGCCUUGCUCUGCCAGCGGCUGGCCUUCGUCGCCUCCGCGGCCAAGGCGGCCGCCGCCGACGGAAACGGAAACGACAGCGCCGCCGUGGCGCUCCGGCUCAAACCGAGCGCCAUACCCGCCACGGAGCCCCGCCAGUACUACACCGCCUUGCUGGACUUGGUCAGGGGAGUGUUGGACGGGAACACUGAGCCGUCGGCGUACGAGGACGCCGCGAGGGAAAUGUUCGGCAUCCGGGCGUACCCGGCGUACACGUUGGACAAGCUGGUGGCGGGCUGCGUGCGGCAGCUGCAGCACUGCGCGGCGGAGCCCUGGUCGCUGAAGUGCGCGGAGCUGUGUGCGCGCGGUGGCAUGCGCGGCGCGCACAGUCUGCUGCGGCGCGCGCGUGAUGCGCUGCGGCCCGACCAUGCGGCCUUCCUCGUGCGCGUGCGCGCCAGCGACGCGCUCUCCGCCGCCUUCACGCUGCUGGACACCACGCUGCGCGCCGAGCGCCACACGCCCGUGUUCCUGCGCCGCAACAACCACAACCACCGCAACCGGCUGGCCGGGGCGCCGCGGCCGCACGCGCCGCCGCGGCCCACGCGCAAGGGGGUCCCCACUGUGAGCAGCGAGCGCGAGCGCGCGCAGACGCUGCGGUACUUCCGGCCGCGUGAGCGCGCGCGCGCGCGGGCGCAGGCGGCGGGCGCGGCGCGCGCGCGGCGCUGGCAGGCGUGGCUGCGGGCGCGGGCGCCGCCGGACCCCAGCUGAAGGCCGGACGCCCGCGCAUCGUGUUUUAGCGGUGCGCCCUAGUUAGUGUACAGGCUCAGUCGAUAGGAGAACAAUAAAACGUUAUUAUAUUUAUAUUA